CGUCAGAACAACACCCAGAAGAGUAUUAAGUAGCUGAUAGUCAGUUAGAUGGCCCAUAAACCAGGAACCAAUGAUGGCUGGCACGGGGUUAUCUCUAAUGAUGGACCUUUCCCUCCCGUCGCAGGACGCUACCAUCUCUACAUUGGACUCUUCUGCCCCUUUGCUCACCGGCCCAAUCUGGUGCGUCAUGUUUGUGUCCUGACCGAUAUUAUCUCCUUGUCAGUGGUCAGGCCAUACCCCAACAUCACAGGGGAAGGAUUACGAUUCCCAAAGACCAACGAUGAAUAUCCCGGCGCAACGGUCGACGAUCUCUAUGGCAGCGAGUUUCUGCGCGAGAUCUACCUCAAAGCCGAUAAGGACUACAAAGGACCGUACUCCGUCCCUGUGCUCUGGGACAAGGAGACGGAAACAAUCGUGAGCAACGACUCGGCCGAGAUGCUCCGCUGGCUACCCAAUGCAUUUGACAGCAUUCUGCCGGUAGUUCACAAAAGGGUACAUCUAUACCCCGACACUCUGCGAUCGCAAAUUGAUGAGAUCACCGCCUGGAUGCAACCAGAUCUCAACGCUGGCGUCUACAAGGCGGGAGGCGCGGCCACUCAGGCGGACUACGACAAGGCGGUCCCAGCCGUCUUUCGAGCGCUCAACCGGCUCGAGCGACUCAUCCAUGACAAUGGUGGGCCGUUCAUCUUGGGUAAACACAUCAGCGAGGUCGAUCUGAGGGCGUACACGACCAUCAUCCGGUUCGAUCCCAUCUAUGUCCAGCACUGCAAGUGCAACCUGGGAACAAUCCGGCACAAUUAUCCGACCAUCAACAACUGGCUGAAGAAUUUAUACUAUAACGUGGAAGGAUUCAGGGAAUCGACUAGUUUCAAGCAUAUCAAGGAAAGCUAUCCAAAGAAUCAAGCGGACAUCAAUCCAAAGGGUAUCGUUCCCAUGGGACCUAUACCUGAUAUCGAGUCUGGUGUGGAUCACAACUGGGGUCUGGUCAGAGUUGGGUCUAUUUAUGUGUAGGCUGCUGUCUGUCACCUAUUUUUGCCCAGUAAUGCAGAGAUGGAACGAGACGAGACUGAGACUCUUUGUACUAAAUACUCUGUAUGAGCCAAGUCGUUAUCCUGAGAGAUUCGUUACUAUUGAGGUGGCCUCUCUUACAUCUGAGUAUCCUUGUCCUUUUCGCGCAGGAGCAGCUCCUGUCAAGCCAGCUCAUCGUCAUACGGUCAGCUUUAUAGUGGCCUUAGCGCCCC